AGGCGGCGAUUCUUCUUUCCUGUCUGAUUUUUCCCCAGUUUGCCUUUCUCCUGUUUUUUUUUUUUUUUCCCAACUUUUUUGUUCCUUUUUUAAUUAAAAAAGAAGAACAGAGCGAGUGUGUCGGGGAAGGAUUCUCUCGGCAGGUGGUAGGUGCCAGGUGGUGUGCUAAACCUGCAGGGAACGUAAAGAACGCCAUAACUGAGGUUGCCCGAAGACGGCCUAGUUGUUAGAGAGAUGGCGACCGCGGCUGCAGCUUCGCUCCGCCACGUGGCAACUGCUCACUGUAUCGCCUGGACGUCAGCAGCGGCGGCUACCAAUUCGACACGUCUCCAGGCUUCUGCUCGGGGAUUUCCGUUGAGGUUGUGUGCGUCGCAGCGGUCGGGAUCCCUAUCACUCUCUUUUGCCGCGAGGAAGAGUGUGUGGAAAGUCUCUACGCGGAGGACGACAGUCAGAUGCAGUGCGGAUGCAUCUGGAGCUGCUACGGCUGAGGUUGACUCCGCUGUGCUUGAAAAAGUGAUGGAUGUUAUUGCUGAGAAGUCUGGAGUUGAGAGGGACCAGGUUAAGCCAGAAAGUGGGUUCGACGAGCUGGAAAUUGAUUCUCUUGAUCAGGUGGAUAUUAUGAUGAGUUUGGAGGACGAAUACGGAAUCAGCCUGGGAGAGGAGAAUGCUGCCAAGUUGACAUCUGUCAUGGAUGUGGCAAAAUUGAUUGCCGAGGAGCUGAAGAAGCCCAAGGCAUAAUACAGCCCGAGGAAUUCAUAGGCGGACUUGACUCCUGAAUGGCUCGGGAGACUUCCCGACCGACAUGUAUUUUUGUGCGUCUGGAUGUGAUGUGUCUCAGCAGCUCAGAACAGAACCUUGUAAUUUCUCCCAAUUCUGUCUUUAAAAGUAACUCUUUCAGUUCGGGUCCUGUUCCAUUUAGCGGCUAAUUGUUUCAGACACAGUGCUGCUUGGACCAUUGUUCCAGACAGUCCCGUUCGGGGACACUGUCUCUUGGAGUGCAGUGGUGGGAUGGUCGUAUGUUGCUGUGGGUUUGAGUCUUGGGGCUUGUUCUCAACAUGUCCUUGGGUUUGUUGUCUAGGAGGUAUCUCCUUGGGUGCAGAGUGGAGACCACUUAUGUGGUCAAAUGUUCAAACGGCUCAAUUGUACAGAAAACUGGUAGUCGUACCUGUUAUGCUGUACUUCCAGCCCUGAUGCCCCCCACAGCAAUGAUAUGAGAAAGGGGGGGAAGGGGAAACAUGACUUCAGAUUAUGUGCCCGUUGCUUGGGGCUUUUGAAAGUC